AUGGCUGCCUCUGUAUUUUACUCGAGAAUCACUCUGGGAGUCAUCAGAGGAUUUGUUGGGAUCCGAUUUUGUCAAGAAUGUUACAACAACAACAUGUUGUAUCCCAAAGAAGACAAGGAGAAUCGCAUCCUGCUCUAUGCAUGCAGGAACUGUGACCAUCAACAAGAAGCAGACAACAGCUGCAUCCAUGUCAAUAAGAUCUCACACUCUCUGUCUCCUCUCUCUCAGAUCAUUGCAGAUGUGUUCCAGGAUCCAACGCUACCUCAGACAGAGGAUCACCCUUGCCCCAAGUGCGGCCACAAGGUGGCAGUGUUUUUCCAGUCACACAGUAUGAAGGCUGAGGAUGUCAUGAGGGUGUAUUAUGUCUGCACAGCCCCUCACUGUGGACACCGCUGGACAGAGUGAGGAGGAUGAAGAGGAGGUCUGAUGUAUGCAUCCACAGUCUCUGCUGUUGCCCAACAGUCCACCAGUCCACCCUAGUCCACUGGGGUUCACUGUUGCUGAAAACAGAAAGACUGGUGGUUGUGUGGGCCUAAAAUACUCUGCCAAAUCAGAAACUUUUACAGGAAUACUAACUUUGUGUGUUAGAUCUUCAUCAUCUUGUUGGAGUGUACGUACAGGAACUGCUAAGAUUUGUAUGGACCAUUUAAAUGCCAUUUCUUACCAUGUUGUGGAGGAACACCUGUUGGGACAUAAUUGUGUUAAUGUAUUAGCUCUAGUACUUUUUACAUGUAUUUGAAAUUAAAUAAGACAAAGUUUGUUGUGAAAUGCUUCUGUUUUCUUUCAAAAACUUGAUUGAAAGACUUCUUUAAGACUGCAUGCCACUGUUGUGUAUUUGAAAUGUUUCCUAAAUUUCCAUUGUUACGCAAUCAUGUGACCUGAUCUCUGUUGCAAUACUUGCAUCCAAAAAAAGAGCUGAAAUAUAGAAGGUAAAAAGUGUAUUAUCUUUUAUAGUUGGGCAUAUGAAAUGUUACUCUUUAUUGGUGUAGCUUCAACUUCCCUUUUUGUAUCUAGGCAUAUCUGUUUGGCCACUGCAGUGUAUUUCCAAAUGUGUAUUUUUCAAAGCGUUUUAGACCCACUGAGUGUAAUAGUGUCAUUGGGGAAAGCACGAGUAAUAUGAUUGGCAUGCACAUGAAAGGAAAGUACGCAUAACAUGUAAUAACCCGCUGGAGAAACACAGUCCACAUACCCUUUAACAAUAUGUUGUUAACAAGUCACUUAUUCUGAGGAACGUCAAGGAAACUGCCUCUUUUCAAUGACCUCUAGCGACGAAAUGAAAAGUAAUUCUUGAUAGUAUAAUACAUGGACGUAAGAGUCACUGGUAAGGAAGUACCUAUAUGAGUUCUGUCGAAAGGUCAUGUUUUCUGAUGAUACUUUGUUAUGAAUAAAGUUAAUUGUUUGGUCUACA